UCUCCACCUACCUCAUGUAUUUGAUUUUCAGAUCUUUUUCUUCUCGUUAUUUCUUAGUUAAGCGCGUUGUGAAUGCUUGGAAUUCGAUCGAAAAGGCAAUCGAAGCUUCGAAAAAGUCCAAAUAUUGGAGCUCUGAACUCGCUUUCUCUGCUUUUUCUCUUCAUUUGAGGAACUGAACAGAAGAAAAUGAAGUAUGGGACACUUACUAGAAUCGCAAUCUCACAUUCUCGCUUUUCUUGGUUGGUAAAUGAAGGUUAAAGAACUCAGGAGUUUCUGGGCUACUAGGAGGGUUUUAUUCUCUCUCUUUCUCUCCCUGAUAGGUCAAGGAACAAGGAGCUUUGGGUGUUUUAUAAGUGUUUCAUUUUAAAUAUUUAUGUGGAAUGCUCUGUCUCAUACGUCAUGAGAGCGGUUGGGAGAGUUGCUAACUUUUAAGGAACUGAGACCUUUUGAGCAAUAUGCAUGUCUGACCCUGUGGUUAUUGUUGAUGGUGUGGGAGCACUUUCUUUGUCAGACAGGACAAAAUCUCUUGAUGCCAUUUCCUUCAAUAACAAAGACCACCCAACCGUGUUGACAAAUGGUGAUGUUACUUUUCCUGAAACUAUGGCCCUUAGAGUUGGAGAACUCGUACUGUCCAAUGGGGAAUCUUAUUCUGGGCCCCUUCUUGGCAAUGUACCUGAGGGUUCAGGGAAGUAUGUUUGGUCAGAUCAUUGCAAAUAUGAGGGUGAAUGGAAACGGGGGAUGAGACAUGGAUUUGGCAAACUUCAAUGGCCUUCUGGAGCAGUUUAUGAGGGUGAAUUUUCAGGCGGUUAUAUGCAUGGGACAGGGACUUAUGUUGGGCCUGAUAAUUUGAGAUAUAAGGGACGGUGGAGGUUGAAUCUUAAACAUGGGUUGGGGUAUCAAGUUUAUCCUAAUGGAGAUGUCUUUGAAGGAUCUUGGAUUCAGGGAACCCCAGAAGGGCCUGGUAAGUAUACCUGGGCUAAUGGAAAUGUUUAUUUGGGUGAUAUGAGAGGAGGGAAAAUGUCGAGGAAAGGAACUCUUACUUGGACAAAUGGGGACUCAUAUGAAGGAAGCUGGUUAAAUGGCAUGAUGCAUGGGUUUGGAGUCUAUACAUGGAGUGAUGGCGGAUGCUAUGUGGGAAUUUGGACACGGGGUUUAAAAGAUGGAAAAGGAACAUUUUAUCCGAAAGGCUGCAAGCUUCCAUCUGUACAAGAAGUGUACCUUAAUGCUCUGAGGAAACGAGGACUGCUGCCAGAUUUAAGAAAGCAGAAUCAAGUUUCACACAUUCACCAUGCUUCAGCUGAUAUUCGAAACGUAAAGGUUGGUGGGAACCAUGAGCAGUCUCGCACCAACAAUGUUUCCUUAGAAAGACGCUGGAGUCUGGAGGUAUCUAUUGAAAAAGUUAUUGGACGUGAUUUAUCAAUGGGUUUGUCUGACAGAGAAAAUGAUGAUGACAGGGAAAAUGCUCCAAUCCUUGAGCGGGAAUACAUGCAAGGUGUUUUAAUUAGUGAGCUUGUUUUAAAUAGUAGUUUUUCACCAUCAUCCAAAAGAGAAAAAAGGCGGCAUAAGAAGCUUGCAAAGGAGGUAAAGAGGCCAGGUGAAGCAAUUAUUAAAGGUCACAGGAGUUAUGAUUUAAUGCUCAGUUUGCAGCUUGGAAUCAGAUAUACUGUGGGGAAAAUUACACCUAUUCAAAUGCGAGAAGUACGGACUUCAGAUUUUGGUCCACAAGCAAGCUUUUGGAUGAAUUUUCCUAAAGAAGGGUCCCGAUAUACGCUGCCUCAUCAAUCGGAGGAUUUUAAGUGGAGAGAUUAUUGUCCUAUGGUUUUCAGGAAUUUGAGGGAGUUGUUUAAGAUCGAUACUGCUGACUACAUGAUGUCCAUUUGUGGCAAUGAUGCUUUACGGGAACUUUCCUCUCCAGGGAAAAGUGGUAGUGUUUUUUUCCUGUCGCAGGAUGAUCGUUUCAUGAUUAAGACGCUCAGAAAAUCUGAAGUGAAGGUUCUUCUAGAGAUGCUUCCAGACUAUCACCAUCAUGUGCGAACAUAUGAGAACACACUCAUUACUAAGUUCUUUGGUCUCCACAUGAUCAAGCCGUCCAGUGGCCAAAAGUUUCGCUUUGUGGUAAUGGGAAAUAUGUUCUGCACAGAAUUAAGGAUCCACCGAAGAUUUGAUUUGAAGGGUUCCUCCCUAGGGCGUUCAGCUGACAAGGUUGAAAUUGAUGAGAAUACAACACUCAAAGAUCUGGAUCUGAACUAUUGCUUUUAUUUGGAACCUUCAUGGCGAGAGUCUCUACUAAAGCAGAUUGAAAUUGACAGUAAAUUUCUGGAAACACAGCACAUUAUGGAUUACAGCCUUCUGUUGGGUGUUCAUUAUCGAGCCCCUCAACACCUGCGAUCUCUUAUGUCUUACAAUCGAAGUUUAAGAGCAGAUGGAUUGGGAAUUGUUGCAGAAGAAGAAUCUAUGGAGGAUGAAAUCUCCAAUUACCCACAAGGCCUUGUUCUGGUCCCCCGUGGAGGCGGCGAUAAUAGUAGUGUUGUGGGCCCUCAUAUCAGAGGUAGCCGAUUGAGAGCUGCAUCUGCUACUGGUGAUGAGGAAGUGGAUGUGGAUCUCCUUCUUCCUGGUACAGCAAGACUCCAGAUCCAGCUUGGAGUGAACAUGCCAGCAAGAGCAGAGCAUAUUCCAGGGACAGAGGAAACACAGAUGUUUGACAAGGUAUAUGAUGUUGUAUUGUACCUGGGUAUCAUCGACAUUUUACAGGACUACAACAUAAGUAAGAAGAUCGAGCAUGCAUACAAAUCUAUUCAAUUCGACUCAAUGUCAAUAUCUGCAGUGGACCCUAUAUUCUACUCCAAGCGCUUCCUAGAAUUUAUUCAGCAGGUAUUCCCGCCAAAUGUUGCAGCGAGUUAGAAAGACCCGUUUUGCUAAGACUGCCCUUUCCCUUCCCGCUUUAACAAGAUGGUUCCGACAUCUCAAAAACCAUAAUUUGGAAUUCUUUUACACAAGUUAAAAGUGGAUGGAAGAUCUCUGUUGAUGUAUGUGUUACGUGUGUAAAAGCUACUCUGAACCCGUUAAACAUGUCUCAAAGUUUCUUUCCUGUUUUUGUCCAGUUUUGUUGUGACUUGGUUCCAUGUAGUAUGCAGUUUUAUUCAUGUUCCCUUGUGUCAAACCAUGAGUAGAGUUUGUUCUUUGUUCAUCGUUUUGUAUCACCACCUAUGUAGAUACUCAUGGUUGAUCCCUCGUCUGGAGAAUAGUUGAUAUUUUGCCAUGUAAUCCAAUAACAUAAAACUGUCUACAGUUCUUCCAUUGUUUGCGGGAAGCUGGGUACCAGGUGUAUACUUGAUGCACAGUGCCUCUUGAGAAACACAACCCUGGCAUCGGCUAAGUUCUCCUCUUGUACUCAAAUCAAUAUGUAACUUAAAUUAUGUGGUUUAGAUUCAUUUUGAAUGUGAUGGGAACCACACUCGAAAUGAAUUUAGAUCAUAUUAAUUUUUAUGUACA